AUGUCGAAUAAUCCAAUCCCGAUUGUUGAUUUCACUCCGUUCUUAGACAAAUCUGCGAAACAGCAGGCUGCAGAUCAGCUCCUCGGGUCGUUCAAAUCAGCUGGAUUUGUCUACAUCACGAAUUUCGGUAUUCCGGCGGGAGAGGUCCAAGAGAUGUUUGACUGGGUGGGUCAGCCGCCUCUUCACUUAGAAUUUCUGACUUACACCACGAAAACUGAAACGCUUUUUUGUUCUCCUCACGAAACCAAAAUGCUUGCGCCUCAUCCGGAUUCUGGAAGCCACCAUCGAGGAUACUCUUACCCUUGCCAGGAAAAAGAAAUACAAUACUCGGAUUCUGGGGACGAGUUUACCAUUGCACCACCAAGCAUGAAAGAGUCCUUUGAAUGCGGAAGCGAGGAUAACGACUUUAUGCCAAACAUCUGGCUGCCAGAUGGCGUCCUCCCCGGGUUCAAUGAAGCGUGUUUGUCCUUCUUUUGGAAAUGUCACGAAGUCGAACAGAAUAUCCUCCGCGCCCUUGCACUGGGUUUUGGCUUGGAGGAAGAGUGGUUCUUGAAGUAUCACGAGACGGCAAAUAGUCAGCUGAGGUUACAUCAUUAUCCUAGCAUAUUCUCUGAAUUGCUCGAGACGAACAAGCUGACAAGGAUAUCGGCUCAUACGGAUUUCGACACGCUUACAUUCCUCUUUCAAGGCGAGAUAGGAGGACUUGAAGUCGAGGACCCGAAUGAGCCUGGGAAGUAUGUGCCAGUGCCUCCCAUCCCCAACUCGAUCGUUCUCAACGCGGGUGACUUUGCGGCGAUGUAG